GAUGUUCUGCACGUAUUGGGCCGUGACGCGAUGUCCAUCACCAACGCAUUGCCCUAACAAACCCUCCACCGAGGCAUAUUUCGUUGAAUGAAUCUUAGAGGAGUGAAUGGCCUAUGGAUCUGAAAUGAGUUUCUUCGAUUUCAUCGUGUUGAUGAUAGGGUCGCUCUUUCUGUUCAAAGCUUUCGAUUUUACUUUCUGUGUCUCCUUCUUCUGCUUCUUUUGAUUCCCCCAAAUCUUCAGUUUUAAAAACCCUAAUCUGCUGCCAUGAGGAAGAAGCUCGAUACCCGUUUCCCUGCUGCUCGGAUAAAGAAGAUAAUGCAGGCAGAUGAGGAUGUUGGAAAGAUAGCACUGGCUGUGCCUGUUUUAGUUUCUAAAGCUCUAGAACUAUUUUUGCAAGAUCUUUGUGACCGCACUUAUGAAAUAACUCUUCAAAGAGGAGCAAAGACCAUGAAUUCAUUGCAUUUACUAGGUCAUGCAUGGGAAGGAAUGAACCAGGAAAUGAGAGUGAAGAUCAUGGAAGUACAUCAAACUGGGUCAUUCAUGAGAAGGAAGAUUAUGUUAAAACAUUGUGUACAAAGCUAUAAUGUCUUUGACUUUCUGAGGGACGUUGUUAGCAGGGUUCCUGACUACGGCCAUGGCCAUGGCCAUGCUGAGGCUGGUCCUGAUGAUCGGGUCAUUACAAAAAGAAGGAAAGCUAUUGGUGAUGAUGGUAAUGACAGCGAUGAAGAGGCUAAGAGGAGCAAGAUGCUUGAGUUGGGCCACACUGGCAGUACUGGUAGGGGAAGAGGCCGAGGUAGAGGAAGAGGCCGUGGCCGAGGGCGACCACCUUUAAAUAGAGAGACAUAUCAUCAAGAUGCUGAAUCUGAGCCUUGCACUUCUGUUCAGCCGAGCAACCCACAAAAUACAAACACAAGUAUAGCAAUGGAUAAUGGUUCUGAGUCAAAGGAGAUACCAAAGGAGGAGAAUAUUGCAGCUCCCGUUGUUCCUGUUGUAAGCACGGAUUCCCUCCGGAACAUUGAUCUGAAUGCCAUCACGAAUGAAAACGAUGACAAAAAGGCUAGUGCAGAAGCUGAUGCCUCCGCCUCGGUGCCUGAACCUGAUGCCUCAUUGCCUGAACCCCCAACAGAGAGCAAGCAUGAAGAAAUUCCGGGGUGGUCACUUUCUGAUGUGGACAAGAUGGCCAUUGAUUCACUGCAGCUUGCACAACUUGGUAGGCCACUAGAAGAGGAGGAGGAAGACUAUGAUGAAGAGGAGGGGUAAAUAUUAUUAGUCUUUGGUGAUUAGAUUAGUGAAAAGUUCAUCAUGAUAACUGUAGAAUAAGUACAUACUAGUGUUAUGAUUAUGAGUAUCCACUAGCUGUCAAUGCAUGUACCAUGUUGUUGGCUGAAGAAAGAUCUGAAUGCCCCUUUUCAUUAAUCUGGUUUGUAUGUGGAGCUGAUUUAUCUUCCCCUUGACCAGUAAUGUUAGCUUCGUGUACUUUUAGGCCUACAAUGUAUAUCACAAUUCUAGAUUGAGUUAAAUUUUUGCAUGCAAACUUUGUUUAAUAUUGCUGCAAAUAACUAUAUAACUAUUUUCUAGUCUUGGCUAA